UUUCUCAGUUUUCUCUCUUGAGUAAGCAAUGGCAGUAAGUACGCUCGAAUGCCAAAAGAUAGCAGCAUCAAUGAGACAAGAUGGCCGUAAGUUAAGGUUGGAAGUAUCGAAGCUUAUCUGAGUUUUGUUGUCAUUCUGUGUAUAUUUUAUAUAUUAUUGUACAAUAGAAAAGAAAAUGUCAACGCGAUGGUAUCCACUAUAUCAAAAAGGCAAUCCGCAAUUAAGAAUAUUUUUACCAAACUUCUGGAUGAAACUGUUGAAGCCUAAAAACAAGCAGCUUGCGAAUGUGGUACAAUUCCAUUGCUCAAUGGAAAUGACUAAAUUUGACAUAAAGAAUUACAUGGAAAAAAUUUACAAUAUCGAUAUUAUUGAAGUGAGAACAAGAAUAGCAAUGGGGAGGACAAAGAAGGAUCAGCUGCAAGGCUCCAUUAUUAAAGAAGAUGAUAGAAAAAUAGCCUAUGUUGUAUUGCCAAAAGACCAAUCCUUUGUGUUUCCCGAUCUAUUUAAAGAUGCAAAAGGUGAAUUCGAUGAAGAAAUUAUGAACGAAUCUAAAUCUAAGGACUUGCAAGAAUAUGUGAAAGAAAAUAAAGCACCUGGAUUGCCUGGUUGGUUUAGAAUUUAAUGUACAUGUGUAUAUAAAGUAUAAUAUUUAAAAAUAUAUAACUAAUAAAGCAUCUAA